CGCGGCGCGCGGAGAUGAUGUAAUGGCUUUGUGCGGUGGGGGCGGCAGGUUCUGCGCUUCUCGGUGCGACUCGCUAUUCUGGGGCCGCCUCCGCCUCCGCCGCCGGGUCCCAGGUAGACCCACCCCCACCCCAGGCCCGGCUCCGCCCAGCCCGUGUGAGCCCGGAGUAGGUAAACAAAUAAAAUCUAUUUUAUGAAACUGACCCUCAAUCAAGUAUAACUCUUUGAUGCCUGGUAUCUAAAUCCCCCCCCACUAUGCCAGCAGCUACAGUAGAUCAUAGCCAAAGAAUUUGUGAAGUUUGGGCUUGUAACCUGGAUGAAGAAAUGAAGAAAAUUCGUCAAGUUAUACGGAAGUAUAAUUAUGUUGCCAUGGACACAGAGUUUCCAGGUGUAGUUGCAAGGCCUAUUGGAGAAUUCAGAAGCAAUGCGGACUAUCAGUACCAACUGCUGCGCUGUAAUGUAGACUUGCUAAAGAUAAUUCAGCUAGGACUGACAUUUAUGAAUGAGCAAGGAGAAUACCCUCCAGGAACUUCAACUUGGCAAUUUAAUUUUAAAUUUAAUUUAACGGAGGACAUGUAUGCCCAGGACUCCAUAGAACUACUAACAACAUCUGGUAUCCAGUUUAAAAAGCAUGAGGAAGAAGGAAUUGAGACUCAGUAUUUUGCAGAACUUCUUAUGACAUCGGGAGUAGUGCUGUGUGAAGGAGUCAAAUGGCUUUCCUUUCAUAGUGGUUAUGACUUUGGCUAUCUAAUCAAAAUCCUGACUAAUUCUAAUUUACCUGAAGAGGAGCUGGACUUCUUUGAGAUACUCCGGUUGUUUUUCCCCGUCAUUUAUGAUGUGAAGUAUCUCAUGAAGAGCUGCAAAAAUCUCAAGGGUGGAUUGCAAGAAGUCGCAGAGCAGUUGGAGCUGGAAAGGAUAGGACCACAGCAUCAGGCAGGAUCUGAUUCUUUACUCACGGGAAUGGCCUUUUUCAAAAUGAGAGAAGACAGAGGACCCAAAAUGAAGAGUGACCUCUUGGAAGCUGCCAUCCACGCCAAGUAUUGUUGGGAGAGGAGGGAAAGAGGAGCUCAAAGGACAAAUAGUUCUACUGGUGAUGCAGAAGAGGUGCUUGGGUCACUUCCCUCCAACCCCAUGAGCUUCCUCCUGACCACAUAGACCCCUGACUACAGAAUGCUGGGCAACAUUUCCAGCUGAACAGUCCUCCAGAGUCUGAUCAUGCAGAACAACAACAGCACAAAAGAACAGGAGAGCUCUCAUCAGGGUCACUUCCCACCAAUAGAAACAUCUGGCAGCUUCUGCCCCUGCUUGCAGACAACUUCCCAACUUUGCCUUCUGAAUUCCAUGGAUCACAGGAUAAGCAAUAUUAGACACAGGACCCAGUACAGAUUCCCAUGCUAAUUCUGGAAGGUGAACCAAAAUGCACACUUUGUUUGCUCUGUGCCCUCCUAUGCUGUUGCAUAUGCCGCAAGGAGUAUACAUUAUAUACAAAAAAAAGUUACAAUGGAAAACUGCAACCUGAUGAUCACUGAUACAGCUGCCCUAAUGAUUUCAGAAAGAAAAACUGUUUCUUCAAGGAACUUUUCUUAGGAGUUUGAGACAAUUUAAAUAGAUAUUUUCAUUUCUCUUAUUUCUUAAUUUGGGGCCACAAAUGAGAAUCUUUUUUUGGCAUUUUCAAUGUGUGUGUGUGAGACUUAUCUAUAAAACACAUAAGUGACUGAGAUGUACAUUUGCUAUCGACAGCGUUGAGGAUGUGUGUGUUGAAAUGUUUUGCUAAAAUUUUUUUUUUUAAACUGCAUAUAUGCCUGGCUAUGUCCAAGCAUGGGGGUGAGUUUAAAAGUAAGUUAGAUAGCAUUUUGUGAAAACCUGGACAUUUUCUCUAAUUCCUACUCCCUUGUGGACAGGGCAAGAGCUUGUAUACGCUCCAUGAUAUUUUCUUUACACUUAUCAAAAAAAUUCUUGCUUGCAUAGCUUUCAGUUUUAAUAAUCUGAGCUGAAGAUAUACUACAAGUGCUUUGUCAAUUCAUUAUUAUAAGGGGAAAUUUUAUUAUAUAUGACAACACAGGCAUUUUCUUUUUUGGCUUUGAAAUCAGGUAUAUCUUCUGGUUCAACGUUUGAAAAUUGACACAAGUUAUUACAGGGGCCAUAGCCCCCAGAUUCCUAUGGAUAUAGUGCUAGGAACACAGCCUGGUGUGUUGAAGUUAAAUACAGACACUUGUUUCGAAUGUUUGUGGAUGCACCCAACGUAUUUGUAUCCCUUCGGUUGCAAAACCCCCCAACAAAAUGAAAGAUUUAAGAGAAAGAGUGACUUAUUACCUAUAUUAGAUUAACAACUAAGCUAUCUGAAGAAAAAUGAUACAAAGUUUCAGAGUCGGCAACCCCCAGAUUUCUAUUAUUAUGGUGGUAGGACAAUAUCUUGAUUUAAUGAAAUUAAACCAAAAGAGAUAGCUGUCUAGAAUUUGUGACUGCAGCCAAACAAGUGAUUUUAUCAUGUUGGUUAUGGAAACAAAUACCAUUGCUCCACUGUAUUUUCUUACCUUUUGCUCCCUCUUUUUAAAAAAUAUUAAUAUAAGGAGGUAUGUCCUCUUAACAACUGUUUAUCUUUAAAUAAAAAACACUAUUUGCUUUCCAACAAAAAUGUGUAACAUAUAAUUUAGAUCACAGAUUAUUAAAAGGUAUAAUUAUAAGUA